GGGCUGAGGGUGCACGGCACCGGGGAGGAGGAGGAUGGUGGCGGGGAUGGCGGCGGCAGUGGCGGUGCUCUAGCAGGAGGCGGCGCGGACACGCGUGAAUGUGGUCUCCGUCCCUCGAGUGACCCGGCCCCGAGGUGAGUGCCAGGCGCCUCCCCCCGCUGCCGGCCGGCACCCCUGGGGACCUCCCUCUUCUCCGCUGACAUCCCCUCCAGGGACACCCCUCCUUCGGGGACACCCCUUAUGGACUCUGCCUGUCGCCAGCUGUGGCAGCCGUGGCCCGGGCGCUGCUGAGCGCUGGCCCCGGGGGGGGGCGGGGGCGGCCGCGGGCUGUCAGCUGCGGUCAGCCGGGAGCCGGCGACUUCUUACUCGGGGAUCUAGUAGUACAAUGUCAACUGGAAGGGUACGAACAAAAAAAAAGGCAUGUUCUUCAGACCAGUCUCCAGACAACCUUCCUCUGAGAAGUUCUGGAAGACAGGUGAAGAAGAAACCAGCUGAAGCAGCAGAUGAUGAUGAUGAAGCAUCAGAGAAGAAAUACAGGAAGUGUGAAAAAGCUGGAUGCACUGCAACAUGUCCUGUUUGCUUUGCCAGUGCAGCUGAAAGGUGUGCUAAAAAUGGGUAUACAUCUAGGUGGUAUCAUCUUUCCUGUGGGGAACACUUCUGCAAUGAAUGUUUUGACCACUAUUACCGAAGCCAUAAAGAUGGUUAUGAGAAAUACACUGGCUGGAAAAGGAUUUGGACAAGUAAUGGUAAAAGUGAGCCCAGUCCAAAAGCCUUCAUGGCUGAUCAACAGCUUCCUUACUGGGUGCAGUGCACAAAGCCAGACUGUGGUAAAUGGCGUCAGCUGACAAAGGAAAUCCAGCUGACACCACAAAUAGCAAAAACCUACAGAUGUGGUAUGAAACUGAACAAUUCCACCAAGAGUGAGGGCUCAGACCAGUGUUCUAUGCCUGAGGACUUGAGAGUGGCUGAAGUUUCAGACCAUUGGUGGUACUCCAUGCUCAUACUCCCUCCUUUGCUGAAAGACAGUGUGGCAGCUCCCUUUCUAGCUGCAUAUUAUCCAGACUGCGUGGGCAUGAGUCCAUCCUGUACCAGCACUAAUCGGUUACCUGGGGAAUCCAACCCUGUGAAGUUAGAGCACUUAAAGAGCGUGCCUAAUUUGACUGUUGCAGGCAUGAACAAAUAUUUUCAGCCUUUUUACCAGCCCAAUGAAUGUGGGAAAGCACUCUGUGUGAGGCCAGAUGUCAUGGAACUGGAUGAGCUCUAUGAGUUUCCAGAAUAUUCACGAGACCCUACCAUGUACCUGGCUUUGAGAAACCUGAUCUUGGCUCUGUGGUACACAAACUGCAAGGAAGCCCUUACCCCCCAAAAAUGCGUCCAUCACAUCAUUGUUCGAGGCCUUGUGCGUAUUCGGUGUGUACAGGAAAUGGAGAGGAUACUUUAUUUUAUGACAAGGAAAGGGCUUAUCAAUACAGGGGUUUUAUCAGUUGGUCCUGACCAGUAUCUUCUUCCUAAAGAAUACCACAAUAAAUCUGUCAUAAUUGUUGGCACUGGUGCAGCGGGAUUAGCAGCAGCCCGACAACUGCACAACUUUGGAAUCAAGGUUACUGUCUUAGAAGCUAAAGACAGAAUUGGUGGCCGAGUGUGGGAUGAUAAGACAUUCAAAGGAGUCACUGUUGGCAGAGGUGCACAAAUCGUCAAUGGAUGUGUCAACAACCCGAUGGCACUAAUGUGUGAGCAACUUGGCAUUAAAAUGCACAAACUAGGGGAGAAAUGCGACUUGAUCCAGGAAGGUGGAAGGAUAACAGAUCCCACUAUUGAUAAACGUAUGGACUUUCAUUUCAAUGCCAUCCUAGAUGUCGUCUCUGAGUGGAGAAAAGAUAAAACCCAACAUCAAGAUAUUCCUCUUGGUGAAAAAAUACAGGAGAUCUAUAAAGCCUUUGUUCAGGAGUCUGGUAUUCAGUUCAGUGAGUUGGAGGAAAAAGUACUGCAAUUCCAUCUCAGUAAUUUGGAGUAUGCCUGUGGCAGCAAUCUCUCUCAGGUAUCUGCACGCUCAUGGGACCACAAUGAAUUUUUUGCCCAGUUUGCUGGAGAUCACACUUUACUAACUGUGGGAUAUUCUACCGUGAUUGAUAAAUUGGCAGAAGGUCUGGACAUUCGGCUGAAUUCCCCAGUACAGAGUAUUGACUAUUCUGGUGAAGAAGUACAGGUUACUACUGCAGAUGGAACAGUGUGGACAACACAAAAGGUAUUAGUGACUGUACCACUGGCCCUUCUUCAGAAAAAUGCCAUUCAGUUUAAUCCUCCACUGUCAGAAAAAAAAAUUAAAGCCAUCAAUAGUUUGGGUGCAGGAGUCAUUGAGAAGAUUGCCUUGCAGUUUCCUUACAGAUUUUGGGACAGUAAAAUUCAAGGAGCUGAUUUUUUUGGUCAUGUUCCACCCAACUCCAGCCAACGUGGGCUAUUUAGUGUUUUCUAUGACAUGGAUCCAGAGGGCAAGCAAAGCAUUUUAAUGUCAGUGGUCACUGGAGAUGCUGUGACAGCCAUUAAGACUUUAGAUGAUAAACAAGUACUGCAACAGUGCAUGACUGUACUUCGAGAGCUGUUUAAGGAGCAGGAGGUUCCUGACCCAGUGAAGUUUUUUGUCACUCGCUGGAGCACAGACCCUUGGCUCCAGAUGGCAUAUAGUUUUGUAAAAACAGGUGGAAGUGGUGAAGCUUAUGACAUCAUAGCUGAAGACAUACAAGGAAAAAUUUUUUUUGCUGGCGAGGCCACAAAUAGGCACUUUCCUCAGACCGUUACAGGAGCUUACUUGAGUGGGGUUCGAGAAGCAAGCAAAAUAGCAGCAUUUUAAGUACUAAAAUUUUGUGUUUAUUAUAUAGAUAUAUUUUAAAUUGUUUUCUGUGGGUAAAACUAUCUUCAAGUUUCCUAUUGCUGCCUUUUCCCUAUGUGGUACUUAAACAGUGUAUGGUACCUGAAGAUAAAAUCUUCAUCUUCCUUUUCCUCUCUUUGUCCCCCAGCUGCCUUUUAAGCCCUGAUGAUACUAUUGGGGUUUAUUUUCCAGCUAAGGUAUUAGUAGCAAGAGUCCCUGGGCACACCUAAACUAAUGGAACUUUUGUUGAGAGUCCUCUUCUAUAUGGCUCAAAUCAUGCUAUUGUAAACCUUCAUUUCAGAAGGUCAGAUUAAACCAAGUCUAAGUUAACAAUCAGCAUUAAAAAUGCUGGCAGUUAGUAAGGAUACUGGAAAUUUUCCACUAACUGAGCUUCUCAGGUUGGUUAUGCUCAUAGGAGUUCCUCCCAAAGCCCUAAAUAGCCUUGAUGAGUUCUAGAAUUAUUGUAGGAAGAACUCAACUAUCAUUCUUUCCACUUGCAAUCAAUAACCUUUUUCUACAAUUUUUUUCAUAUUCUUAGCCUCCACUAAGUGGGCUUUGGAAUAUGAAGUUUGUUCCUUUAUAUCAAAUGGCUGGAACAGUUUACAGUGCAAUCAUAGAGAGGUUAUUGUUGCUAAUAAAAACUUGAAAAAUUAACUUCUGCAUUACUUUAAAAACUUGUGAAGUAUUCUUCACAAUUCUGAGAUACGUAUUCUGAGAAAUUCUUAUUACAAUAAUAGGCUAAGCUUAGAUUUACUUAGUGCUUCUGAUAAUUCAGAAACAGGACAGCUUAAAAAUACUAUAUUUCUAUGAUUAUUUUGAAAACAAACUUCCAAAUUAAUUAUGGCUGAGUAGAGGAACUGCCUACUGAUAUGAGUGCACAUUUGGGGGUGAAGCACUGUAAGUUCCUAACAGCUCAUUCAGCUUUUAUAUUUAAAAAAUAAAUGAAGAUGAAUGAGGAAAAAUAUUAACGCUUUUAUGAAGGGCUGAAACAAGGUGGCUUGCACUUUGACUUGAAGGUUUGUUUUGUUUUUCUUUUUCUCUUUAUUUUAUUAUUAAAGUAUGGUUUAAAAUAACUUGAGGGAGAAAUUCAGUAAGGGAUAAGCAUCUAUCUGAUAGCUUUUCCAAAGACAGGAAAUAAAAAAUAAAUAUUUUUCAGCAGAAAUAAGACACAACCAGGAUAACUGGUGUAAUACUGUUUUACUAACAUGAUAUUAUUGAAAAAAUGCUUAAACCCAACUUUUAGUUCUAUUUUUCCCUCCCCUCCCUAUAACUUCACUGCCUAGACCUUUUGGAAGGAAAGUAAGCACUUAUUCUUUCUCCCCCUCAUUCUCAUGCAUAGGCUUUUCCCCUUUUUUAAUCUGUUUGCUUAAGAAUGACAACUUUUUUGGGGGUACACUGCUUAUUUCCAUAAAGCUGUAUCCUUGGGAAAAAAAACAAAAAGCAACCUUAAGGAAAAUCCUACUGAAUAAACACAAUUCUUCUUUUAAAAUAUCUAUUUUGUUUUUAGAGUAGUUAUGAUAUUGUUAAAUACCUUUAUUUAAUCUCUAAUUUACAAGGUGAAGAUGUUUAUAUAACUAGAUGUUUUUCAGAUAUAUAUUCUGUUCUGCUUCUUAAAGCUGAAUUAUAUGGAUUAAUAGGAAAAGUGUAACUGCUCAUAAUUUUCCUCUACAUAAAUACUAGUUUGUACAGCUUUAAAGUAUUUCCAGGUAUGAGAUUAUAAUUUAAAUGCUAUAAGAAGCCAGACAAAAUCCUCUGAUGAUGAAAGAUAAUCAGACAUCAGACUUUGCUUUUGCACUUUGUUAAUUUCAUAUAUAAUAGGACAACUUUCACCAUAACUAGGAAAGACUGUGAGCUGCGUAUGUCAGAGUUCCAAGUUUCUUUCCUAGUUUAUCAUAUAGGACAAAAUCAUUAGGAGAGGAUGAUCUGAUGGUGGGGGGGAAAAAGCUGAUUACAAUAUGUCCAGGACAUGCUAUUCGGCACCUGCUCCAGCCAAUAUUGGUCAAAAUUUCAGUCAGCUGCAUAACAACAUAUAAAGACAUCACAUUUCAGGUAAGAACUGUCUGGGAAGUUGAACCUGGCAUUCAUGUUGAGCUUAGCAUUUAUUUAUGCAGUCCAGAGUUUGUGUGGACGUGCUUGAUUUCAGGCACAUGCUUCCAUCCUCUUAAGUUGUACUUGGGCAUUUAAAUCUAUCUACACCUUUACAGGUAGAUGAAUGCUGUAUUCUAUAGGAUAGAGAUGGACACAAACAUUUGGCUUUAGCUGCUGCACACUUCUUAUAGCAUUAAAAAAAAAAAAAAAAGAUAAAUUUACUGAUGCCAUAGACUAUUAAUUAUUUGUAUAUUAUUUUGGUGCCAAGGCACUUAAACUGUGUUGUGCUGCACUUAAGUUUGAAGCGUAAGUAUGUUCCAUUUUAAUUUACAUUCAUUUGAAAUGUAUACAAACAUCAGGCUGGUUCUGAGACUUCAUUCUUUAAUUAAUAUUUCCCAAAUUUUUUUAAUACCUAUGUUUAAAAUUUAUUGCAAGCACGUGUGUGUUUUUUCUUUUGUGUUUAACUUAUUCCCUACAAAUAAAGAACUGGGGAAUAUUUUGUGUAAUUUGUUUAAAUGUUAUAAAAUAUUUGAAUGCAGAGCAUGAUCUGUUACACUUCAGCCCUUUUGUGUGAUUAUGUUAUGGCAGCGGAAUAAAACUGGAAAGUAUCCACAGGA